AUGGACCCUGACUCACACGCAACCAAACGACGUCGUGUCGCCGAAGACACCGGAUCUUACUCCGUGGAGUAUCAACACCAAGGCCAGCAUCACUACAUCAAUGCCAAGACAGCCAAGACCGACCCUGUACCUCCUCCAUUUACCAGUGGCACCUCCAGCGGAGACUUUCAGUUCACCGCUUUCCAAAACACCUCGACCAUAACAGGACUGUCGCCAAUCAGGUUCGAAGACUUUUUGAACGAGCCGACUGGCGAGACACCGCGCCCGGAAGAGCCGGAGCAGCCUGGGCCUAACAAAAAGGAACAUAAAGCUGAGGAAGACGUCAGUGUCAAAGAGCGUCACAACAGCAUUGGGAAACGAUAUCGAAAUAAACUCAACGAGCAGUUUGAGAAUCUGGAGGCGCUCUUGUCACAGCAGAACCCCGAGGAAGACUACAAUGAGAGCCACAGAAACACUGCGCGGGACUCCAGCUUUUCACCAACUCAAGUCAAGAAACGCCAAAGGGGACGGAGUAUCAACAAGGCUAGUUUGCUGGAGAUGGCCAAAGUGCGCAUCAAAGCCCUCACUGAGCAACGAGAGAUGUUGAUAGCCGAGGUAGAACAGCUGGAGAAGGAGUUAGCGGAGGAGGCAACAAAGCAAGCGAGUGGAAGCCGACACCAUGAGUGAGACUUAGUGAUGUAAUUAAUCCCAGACAGAUAGAGCCUU